AUGCUCGAUAACAUACAAGAAUAUCUUGGCGUUGUGAAGGCCAAGCUAGCUGAGUUUUAUGAAAAGGUGUUUCAAAACUUUGUCAAAUCCCUUUUUGGGAAGCCUUCUUCAAUUCUCUUUCUUGGGAUAGACAAUGCAGGAAAGACUACUUUAGUAAAUAAGUUGAAAAGCGACUCCACAGAUGUUUACAUGCCUACCCACCACCCUAGCACUUCCUAUAUAGAAAUAGGGAAUUUAAAAGCUCAGGUUAUUGAUCUCGGAGGGCAUACAGCAGCAAGACUUGCAUGGAGGGACUACUUUUACGACUGCCAUGGAAUUGUGUUUAUAGUCGAUGUUCAUGACGUGGAGAGGUUUUCCGAAGUGAGGGAGGCGUAUGAGACAGUGAAGUCUCUGGAGAAAAAAGCCCCGGUUGUUGUACUUAUGAAUAAAAUCGAUCUUGAGGGCCACACACCAGAAACUGCAGAAGCAGAUUAUCAAUGGAAGUCAUGGCUUAGCCAGGAGACAGGAAUUGAAGAUCAGGAGGAUCCAGAAAGAGGCCAGGUUGUAAAGAUUUUCUAUGUCACCAUAACAAGUGGAAGUGCUAAUAGUAUAACUGGCCCCCUUGCUCGGGCUUUUAAGUGGCUAGAAGCUAUGAUUAGCUAUAAUAAUAAGAAGGAAUCCCUAUGA